CACCAACGGUUCGUACUCUUUACGCCGGAACAAACCAGUCCGCAAACAACGCACCCGCGAUUGUUAUCGCACAUACCCACACACACACACUGAGGUACACGUUCACUCUCGUCUGCCGCGUCGUCUCGCACAUAACAUUUACAAUAAAAAUAUACACAUUCAAGCACGCGAACGCAACAUAGCUCCGGUCGUUCGGGUUCCAGCAGGAUAACCCAUACGAGCAUCCGGACGCGAUGCGCCUGAACGGCAAGAUGUUUCCGAGACCGCGUACAAACAUGUAUUUAAUACUGUUCUCAAUUUUGGGGGUUCAGUUUGCCUUAUCUCAGCAAACUAACCCAAAUGAUUUGGAAGUGGUGCUUAACAUUGAAGACAGCAAUAAAACUCAAUACCAUGAACAAAAUUUCGAUACCAUGGCCUAUAUAUUCGGCUACGAAGUAGGUCCAAAUGGUCAAUUCCAUCAUGAAAAUAAAGGUCCAGAUGGAUUCACAUAUGGUUGCUACGGAUAUGUAGAUCCAGAAGGAAAAUUACAAGCGACUCAUUAUAUAUCUGAUGGAUGGGGAUACAGAGUUGUCACACCAGGUGAACCUGUAGAAAUAUUCCAUCAUAAGCAUGACCCCGCAGAUGAAAAUCAAGCUAAUGAAAGUUCUGAAGGUGGUUCUGAACACGAACAUCAUGGACAUCAUGGAGUGGUAACAGCAUGGGGUGAUCUUUAUUUCCCAAAGGGAUGUGGAGGAGGACGUCCAAUUCAAGGUACUGGUCAAUUAGGUGGAUCAGGUUCAUCAGGAUACCCAAGCUUUGUUGGAGUUGGUCAACCAGGACCGGCAGGCGCACCUGGUCAACCAGGUACUCCAGGAUUACCGGGAAGUCCAUCUUCAGUUUAUCCAAGUUAUCCAGGAUCACAAGGAUCAUCAGGUUCUCCCGGUACUCCAGGUAGCCCAGGUAGCCCAGGUAGCCCAGGUAACCCAGGUAACCCAGGUAGCCCAGGUAGCCCAGGUAGCCCAGGUAGCCCAGGUAGCCCAGGACUCCCCAGUGUACCAUCUUAUCAAAAACCAACAGUUUAUCCAACAUCCACAUAUCCUGGGAGCUCAGGUUCCCCAGGCUCUCCAGGCUCUCCGGGUUCACCCGGAACUCCAGGCUUACCAGGUAAACCAGGAUCUCCAGGCUACCCAUCAAAUCAACAACCAUCACCUUAUCCAAGUGCACCAGGAUCACAAGGAUCAUCAGGUUCUCCCGGUGCUCCAGGUAGCCCAGGUAGCCCAGGUAGCCCAGGUAGCCCAGGUAGCCCAGGACUACCCAGUGUACCAUCUUAUCAAAAACCAACAGUUUAUCCAACAUCCACUUAUCCUGGGAGCUCAGGUUCCCCAGGCUCUCCAGGCUCUCCGGGUUCACCCGGAACUCCAGGCUUACCAGGUAAACCAGGAUCUCCAGGCUACCCAUCAUAUCAACAACCAUCACCUUAUCCAAGUGCACCAGGCUCGUCAGGCUCUCCAGGUUCACCCGGAACUCCAGGCUUACCAGGUAAACCAGGAUCUCUAGGCUACCCAUCAUAUCAACAACCAUCACCUUAUCCAAGUGCACCAGGUUCCCCAGGCUCUCCAGGCUCUCCGGGUUCACCCGGAACUCCAGGCUUACCAGGUAAACCAGGAUCUCCAGGCUACCCAUCAUAUCAACAACCAUCACCUUAUCCAAGUGCACCAGGCUCGUCAGGCUCUCCAGGUUCACCCGGAACUCCAGGCUUACCAGGUAAACCAGGAUCUCCAGGCUACCCAUCAUAUCAACAACCAUCACCUUAUCCAAGUGCACCAGGCUCUUCAGGUUUGCCAGGAACUCCAGGAAUUCCAGGAGCUCCAGGAAUUCCCGGUUCACCAGGAUCACCUUCUUAUAACAGGCCAUCUUCAUACCCAAGUGGUCCAGGAACACCAGGGUUACCAGGCUCACCAGGAUUACCAGGAAAACCAGGAUCUUACGUUCCCCAAACUUCAUAUCCAGAAUCAGCUUAUCCAGGUACCCCAGGUCAACCAGGUCAACCAGGAACUCCAGGAUUACCAGGUAAACCAGGAGCAUCAGUUAUACCAAGUGUACCGUCAUAUGAAAAACCACAACCAACUUACCAAAAACCAAAUGCAGGAUACCCCGGAAGUCCAGGCCAACCAGGUACUCCAGGUUUACCAGGUGCACCAGGAUUCCCAGGCACAAUUUCAUACCCAAAACCCACACCACCAUCUGCAUAUCCUGUAGGACCAGGUCAAGCAGGAUACCCUGGAACCCCAGGACUUCCAGGUCAACCAGGAUACCCUGGAACUCCAGCAAGUCCAUCUUCAGUUUAUCCAAGUUAUCCAGGAUCACAAGGUUCAUCAGGUUCUCCCGGUGCUCCAGGUAGCCCAGGUAGCCCAGGUAGCCCAGGUAGCCAAGGACUACCCAGUUUACCAUCUUAUCAAAAACCAACAGUUUAUCCAACAUCCACUUAUCCUGGGAGCUCAGGUUCCCCAGGCUCUCCAGGCUCUCCAGGUUCACCCGGAACUCCAGGCUUACCAGGUAAACCAGGAUCUCCAGGCUACCCAUCAUAUCAACAACCAUCACCUUAUCCAAGCGCACCAGGCUCUUCAGGUUUGCCAGGAACUCCAGGAAUUCCAGGAGCUCCAGGAAUUCCCGGUUCACCAGGAUCACCUUCUUAUAACAGGCCAUCUUCAUACCCAAGUGGUCCAGGAACACCAGGGUUACCAGGCUCACCAGGAUUACCAGGAAAACCAGGACCUUACGUUCCCCAAACUUCAUACCCAGAAUCAUCUUAUCCAGGUACCCCAGGUCAACCAGGUCAACCAGGAACUCCAGGAUUACCAGGUAAACCAGGAGCAUCAGUUAUACCAAGUGUACCGUCAUAUGAAAAACCACAACCAACUUACCAAAAACCAAAUGCAGGAUACCCCGGAAGUCCAGGCCAACCAGGUACUCCCGGUUUACCAGGAGCACCAGGAUUCCCAGGCACAAUUUCAUACCCAAAACCCACACCACCAUCCGCAUAUCCUGUAGGACCAGGUCAAGCAGGAUACCCUGGAACUCCAGGACUUCCAGGUCAACCAGGAACACCAGGUCUACCUGGGUCUGUAUACCAACCUUCAUAUCAAAAACCAUCUUCCGUUAGUCAAUAUGGAAAUCCAUCACUAUAUCCAGAAUCUUCUUAUCCCGGAAGUCAAGGAUUACCCGGAACACCAGGAUUACCAGGUCAACCCGGUACACCUGGAACACCAGGCUCAGUUUAUACAGGUUCUACAUUGAAUCAAACACCUAAUUAUCAAUCUGUUAAACCAAGUUCUUCAUACCCAGGAAGUCCGGGACAACCAGGAACUCCAGGAUUACCAGGUCAACCAGGAACCCCAGGUAUACCAAGCCAGCCAUCCUAUCAAAAACCAAAUCCACCAACAUACCCAGUUAAACCAACAUAUCCUUCUCAACCAUCUUAUUCCGGUUAUCCCGGAAGCUCAGGUCAACCAGGAAAACCAGGUACUCCUGGUACUCCAGGUACACCAGGACUUCCCGCGGGACCGUCCUACCAAAAACCUACACCUCCAGCUGGAUAUCCAGGUUCUCCUGGUACACCAGGUCAACCAGGAACUCCUGGCCUCCCAGGUAUUCCAGCUCAAUCGUUUGGUCAAUAUCCUCAAGCUUCAGUUGACUAUGGAAAACCUAAUCUAUCAGGAUAUCCCGGUUCUGCAGGUCAACCAGGGCUUCCCGGUCAACCAGGCACUCCAGGAACCCCAGGAACUCCAGGUUUUUAUCCCACUUCACCAAAACCCAGCCCAUCACCCAUAAAUCCAGGCAGUGGAAGUGUAUCGGGUCAACCAGGAACCCCAGUUAUACCAAGCCAGCCAUCGUAUCAAAAACCAAAUCCACCAACAUACCCAGUUAAACCAACAUAUCCUUCUCAACCAUCUUAUUCCGGUUAUCCCGGAAGCUCAGGUCAACCAGGAAAACCAGGUACUCCUGGUACUCCAGGUACACCAGGACUUCCCGCGGGACCGUCCUACCAAAAACCUACACCUCCAGCUGGAUAUCCAGGUUCUCCUGGUACACCAGGUCAACCAGGAACUCCUGGCCUCCCAGGUAUUCCAGCUCAAUCGUUUGGUCAAUAUCCUCAAGCUUCAGUUGAUUAUGGAAAACCUAAUCUAUCAGGAUAUCCUGGUUCUGCAGGUCAACCAGGGCUUCCCGGUCAACCAGGCACUCCAGGAACCCCAGGAACUCCAGGUUCUUAUCCCAUUUCACCAAAACCCAGCCCAUCUCCCAUAAAUCCAGGCAGUGGAAGUGUAUCAGGUUUACCAUCCAAUGGUUAUCCAUCAUCAAUUGGUCAAACUCAAACAGGUUAUCCAAAUAAACCUAUUCCUCAACCAUCGUAUCCGGGUCAAAGCUAUGUUUAUCCUACCAGCUAUCCUCAAAGACCAAAUGUUCCUGACUAUGGAGCACAGCAACCAAAUGAAUAUCCUGGGUAUUUAAGUUCAGGUUACCCAGUACCCCCUCCACCAAACGCACCACUUCCUAAUUAUCCACCACCUAGUUCACCAUCUGGUUACUCUGGUUAUUUCGAAUUGUACCCGGGUCAAAAUCAAAUAUACCCCGUUCAACCGGAUUUUAAUGCAUACCCAACUGGUGAUCAAUAUCCUUUCAACGGAAACGCUUAUGGUAAUCCUAAUCAACAGUUUACUUCGCCAGCAACAGAAAACAAAGGUAAAACACCUCAAAUAACUACACCUGUUUCUACACCAACAUAUGGUUAUAAGAGUGAGUCUAGUCAAACUACUGUGGAAUACCCAGAAAAGCCUAGUUUGAUAGAUGUACGCAUUAAUGUGCCAAAUGAACCUGAAUCUAACGAUGGCCAAAAAGCCGUAAUUUUAGGUAAAAAUGAAUUAAUAGGACCAUCAUCAGGAUCAUCUGGAUAUUCCAGCUCCCUUACUCCACAAUACGUGAACAGUCCUACAAAGGCACCCAAAUUACCAUAUCAAUUUGGUCAAGAAUCAAAUCAGGUAGUCUUAUCAUCAAGCAAACCAGAAACCAGCACUCCAUUCUAUAGUGUAUCCACUAAAACAUCAUCGACACCUGAAAAUACUAAUUUAGUGGAAUCAACUAGUACCAUAUCCUAUGAAGACCAAUUUAGUACUCUUUCACCGGAUUCUUCAACGCCUGUCAAUAUAAUUCCUUAUCCACUGCCAAUUGUGCCAAACCCAGGAUCUUGUCCAUGUUAUUUUGUUCCACCAACAAGUAACAAUUCUACCAAUCAAAUACAACAACAACAAACAACAUUUGACUUAAAUAAUCUUCCGGAGGGUGCUGUUAUUGGAUUCGUGCCGGUAGUAUUUUAUCCAUCAUGUGGAGCAGGAAGUGCAGCAUCAAAAGAAGUGCUAACAUCUAAGUUAAAUCCUGUUUUCCCGUCGGCGUAUCAAGUACCAUAUAAAUGUUCAUAUUGCGAACAAAGUGAAUCACAAACCGCGAAUAUCAGAAGCAGUUUUAAUCAAGUAGUAAAACAAAGUCAAUUAAAUCCAUCCGUUGUAAUCAAAAGUCCGAGUAGAAAGAAUUACCCAAAUGCCCCAAUUUAUGACCAACAAGAAUUUGGAAGAAAGAUAAAAGUUGUAAGAAGGAAAACUAUAGAUUAAUAAUAUUGACAAUAAUCAAUACACAUUUAAAGACUAAAAAAAUACAAAUUAGAAAUCAAAUAAAUCGGCAACAGGAUAAAUAUUAUGACAUUUCAAUAUUUUUUUAUAUUUGGACAUACGGCUAUACGAUUACAUCCAUAUUGUACUAAAAUUAAUUGACAAUUAUAUUAUACUAUAAAAUGUAAUGCCACAAAAGCUCAGGUAAUUUUAUUUUUAGUUUAAGUUAAUUUUAUUGAUUGUAAUCCAAAUUAUAAGGAUAUUUUUUUAUUUAAAUUGUUUUUUUUUUUUAAUAAACGUUUAAUAGAAUCAAUAUGUACAAUAUAUUAUAAUUAAAUAUUCGAAAUUGAAAGUAAUUGUGUGAAUGUAUAAUUAAUUUUAUUUCACAUCAAUUUUAAUUGUACCAUUUGGAUUUAAUGAAAACGUUGUAUUACGUUUAUUAAUUUAUACUAUCUGUUAAUUAUAACCCGUCCAGAAGUUACCAAACAUUUACUGUCAAUUUAUAGAUACUUUCGUAAACCUAAAUAAAUCUAUUGUUACGAUAAAACUGUAUAUAUUUAUAAGAUGGUAACUCCUGGAUAGACGUUGAUUGACAAUUUUGAUUUUCUCUUAAUGAAUAUUUGUUUCUAUGUGCCGUACCUAAAUGCCAAUUAAAGAUAAAUAAAGUAUAAAUAAUUUGAAUUGUAAAA